AUGGCGUCCUCUGAGAGAAACCGGAAGUCCCGCCCACAGGCCGUGGCAACAAAGUGUAGACGCAGCCGCACCAAAUUCACAGAAGAGCAAUUGAAAAUCCUCAUUGAUGCAUUCAACAAAAAACCUUACCCGGGUUAUGCCAUCAAACAAAGACUUGCUUUGGAAGUCAAUACUGAAGAGUCUAGGAUCCAGAUAUGGUUUCAGAAUCGAAGAGCUAGGCACAGGUUCCUGAAAAGACCUGAGAAGAACUUAGACUUAAGACAAGACCGAGCUCACCCUGAAGAGAACAUUCAAGGUGUGAGAGACAGACGAUGUCGUACCAGCUAUACUUCUUCCCAAUUACAAACUCUUAUGAAUGUGUUCAUGGAAAACCCUUAUCCUGGGAUUGAUUCCAGACAGCAACUUGCUGAAGAUAUUGGGGUUCCAGAGUCAAGAGUCCAGAUUUGGUUUCAAAACAGAAGAUCUAGACUCCGUAUCCAGAAGAAAAGAGAACCCGAAGAAGGUUCCGCCCAAAGACAAAACCAGGGACAAGAUCUCUGAGAUGGGAGCGUUCAAGAACAAGGUGAACAGAGAGACAAAUUCAGUGUAUUUGAUGUCAUCAGCCUGGACUCCAGAUCGGUUCUCUUCCUGGCAACAUACCCUUCCAAACAUACUUUCGCCUUCUUCUCCGUCUUCUGGAAAUGGUAA